ACGUCACAGUGGGCCGGUUGAGCCUUCCUUCGUUCGAUUCAGGCAGGCUCUCUAUUCAUUUUACAUGUAGCAAGAUUUCUCACAACAAUUAUCCGCCAGGCGGUGCAUUGCGAGUAGAUACAGCCGAUGUAGCGGACGCAGUAGUUGGCAAGGGGAAAAUUCAGUGCAUGGCAAGACAAACAAAUCCUCGAGAUGAUCCGUUGACGGAUGCAAACUAAACGGGGUCGAUGCACACGAGCCUUUCUGAAGUCUCAUUUACUAGUUCAAUCGUUAGUUCAACAGGGUUGCGGGUCAGUUCAGACAUGGGAAGUGAGCAUUACUGCCUGAGGUGGAACAAUCAUCAGAGCAACUUGCUGGGUGUGUUCAGUCAGCUACUUGAGUCAGAAUCACUGGUUGACGUGACACUGGCGUGCACAGAGGGUCCAUCGAUACGCGCGCACAAAGUUGUCCUAUCAGCGUGCUCAAGUUACUUUCAAACACUGUUCCUAGAUCAUCCAAAUCGUCAUCCCAUUGUCAUACUCAAGGACGUAAGAUUUACAGAAUUACGUACUCUAGUUGACUUCAUGUACAAGGGUGAGGUUAAUGUCGAGUAUUGCCAAUUGUCGGCUCUGCUGAAGACUGCUGAGAGUCUCAAGGUCAAGGGUCUUGCGGACAUGACAAAUAUUAAUGCAGCAGUUGCAUCGAGGGAUGAACAACAGCAGCACAUCGGUGCUGAAAUACCGCGUGACAAUAGAAACGAAACACGUGAGAGGGACAAAGAUCGUGACAAAGAGCGUGACAAAGAGCCACCAAAGGACAAUGAACAGGUGCUACCACAGCAAAAUCAGAAUCAGAAUUCGCAACAAGUGUCACUGACAACCAGUGAAAAUUCGGAAGCCGUUGACAUGACUGACUGUCCAACAUCACCAGCCAGAGCCAACAGUCCCUGUCCUGGUCCACUUGCCCUGGACAGACCGAGGAGAGACUCUGAGGAUGCUGUCAGUUUAGAGGAGACAAGGGGAUCACUCAGUCCAAUUUCAGUGCACAGUGGUCCAAGUGAUAUGACUCUUAGUAAUAACACGAGUACAACUGGUGGAUUGCCGUUGAAUUUACCGCAGAGUCGGCUUCCGUCCCCACACAGUACUGAGCCCCUGGCUGGACCAUCUGGCUUACCGCCGGUCCAACAGGUACCCCUUUCCUUGAAGAAGGAAGUGGACUGGGAUAGGUCGACUGAGGAGCGGUGUGCCAGCAGUGAGAUAUCAACGGAUUACAGACUCCCACCAGAUCCGGUGAGUCUCUUUUCGAUGUCAUUGGCCCUUGGUUUGGAGGCAGGUGGUUGGGGUGCGCUAGUCGAUCGUGCCCGUAGUACAGGUAGCCCUCUCCUUCCCCAGAGUACAUUCGGCCUAGCCACCCUGGCCCGUAGAUGCGGCGUAUGCCUGGCAACAUUCCCCUCAGCCUGGCUCCUCGAACGCCACGCACUUCUCCAACACGCUGGCCAACCAAAUGACGAUAAGCCCUUCACCUGUGAACAGUGCGGCCAGCGUUACCGUUAUCGCUCAGCAUACGUUAAACACCGCGAGCAGAACCACCGCGCCCGACUUCCCGCCGACAAGCUCUUCACCUGUGACGUUUGUGGUAUGCAAUUCAGAUAUUUAAAAUCAUUUAAAAAACACAGAUUGAAUCAUGCCCUAGAGCGCCUGCAACGUGGCCCUGAGCACUUGGCGAACAGAUUAUCGAUAGUAUCGACACCCGCGGAGAGGAGUGAUCAGGUUUCCAGCACUGGGGAGCCAUCGAUUGUGGAGGGUAGAAGUGCGGCCGCUAGUCCGACGAAUGAGACCGAGGAGACCGCGAGGGAUUUGACGGAGAGUGCCAGUAUAGAGACCAGCUCGGAGACAGCCAGUCUCCAGGAGAUUCAGGAAGCUCCUGAUCAGCCCAUCGAUGCAACGAGAUCGGUUGUCAUGGCGCAGACCGAGGGAGACACCCCCGAAACGAAUGAGCACGCCAUGGAGGAGCCCUCGGAGGCCACUGAGAGGGUCCUGAGCAUCGUCAGGGCUCAUGACACUGAUCGACGUGAGCGACGAUUCGCCUGUCCCUUCUGCGGCAAAUGCGUCAGGUCGAAGGAGAACCUCAAGCUCCACGUUCGCAAACACACCGGGGAGAGGCCCUUCGUCUGUCUGUUCUGCGCCAGGGCAUUCGGUGGCAAGAGCGAUUUGACCCGGCACCUGCGUAUCCACACCGGGGAACGACCCUAUCACUGCGAAAUGUGCGGCAAGUGCUUCGCACGCGCCGAUUAUCUGUCGAAACACCUCACCACUCACAUCCAUCAGCGUUAGAGGGUUUUUUUGUUAAAGAGUCUUGAGGAGAAUUUCAUGCUUCCUAGGUGUUGAAUUUCUAAUGAUUUCAUUGCCCCAUGUGUCAAUUACCUGUUGAGUGGGCCGAUCGAUUUUUUUCUUGAAUUUUUGGCUUUCGUUGGUGAGCAUUUUGUGUACCAAAGAGGCGAGGAUAGUCGCACAGAUUUGCCGCUAGUGGGAUAUUGAUAGUGAGAGUAAUUUGUGAUAUGGAGUCGAAUGCCAAAGGACCAGUGGUGGUGAUCUUCCAGGGGUGAGGGCGGAUAGACAAGAGAAAGGCGAAUAAAUGGUGGAGACUUUUGAUUCAACGAACUGAAGGUGAGGAUUUUCUCUGUCUUGAUGAGUGCUUUUGAGCUUGUGAAGGAGUCUGAAAUAAUUUUUGUGUCAUUUACUGUGACAAUGGUCACUACUGGCACAUAAUGUCAACCUAGAAUCACGUAAUGGUGGGUAAAAAAUUACGAGACCGUCACGUCAAGUUUUCAUAUCUUGCCGGACUCUUCAACGAAGAAAAUAUGGUUAUCCUCUAGAGUAAUAUGAUUGUCAUAAUUGCAACCUAACUAGGCCUCCCUGGGGAUGACUCGUUCCAAGAAAUAUAAUUUUUUUAAAAUCAUCACAAAUUUCUCUCAAGUAAAUUAACAUUUUGCAGAAAUACAGUUUUUCUCUGUGUGAAACCAUCUAAGAUAAAAAGAAUUAUUUCAGACUUCUAUAGAACCCGAAAAAUUGAAACUCGCUGGAUGGAGGGAGGCCCUCAAACGUACUUGAAUGAGUAACAACUCAGAAAUAAAAAACCCUAACGAAAAAAAAAGUAACACACUCGCAAGUGAAACUAAAAACAGCGUGGAAAACCUGUAUAAUUGCGUAUGCGGUAAUAAUCGCGUCGUGCGUGACGCUGAUAGUCGUGGGUGAUAAUUUUUCUACACAAGUCCCAUAUACAACUUCAGGAGAAUCGACAUGGUUAAAAAAUAUUACAAGCGAAAUAAAAAAAAAAAAUAUUGUAAAAAGGGGUGGCGACGACGUGUGCAUGGAGCGGAAGGACGCGCGGAUGACACCACAAAAAUAAUGAAUCUCGGAAUGAAAAAAGUAUAUGAUGAGAAUCGAUCUGACUCGUCCUUCCGCAGAGCGUGCCGGUGCCUUUGAAUCCCGAAUCCUUUUACGUGGAUAGCAAUAAAUUUUCAUUUUCCUCGUUCAUCUCUACACGCACGUUGCUAUCGCAUUGCGCUGAUUUAAACAAACAGAUUGCGAAAAAUUGAGUGGAAAUUUUACCUUUAACAGCCCUAGAAUUUUUUAUACUCUGCGGAUUAUGAUUUUUCCCAAUACUAGAAUUUUUUUGGAUAGUUCAUGUCCAGGCCGGUCACCAUAGAAUUUGAGAAAAUAUGCGAACUGGUGGUAAGAGAGAUCGAGGAAAAUGUCAGCGAGAAAGAGAGAGAAAAAGAGAGAAAGCGUUGAUAAAUAUUGAUAUAAAAAACUGUACAUAGUAAAUAUGAAUUAAUUGUAACAAUUGUAUGUACAAGCUCAUCUAAACGGCUUUACUUUUGUCCAUUAAACUCUGUCCGUACCAUUGGUAGUGCCGGAUGCAUGUGUUUCGAGCUGCCACGGAUGGGGGACAAUCGAUUCAUCAAUAUUUAACGAUUGAUUGUCUCGGGAGACUUUCUUCUCUUGUCACCUAUGUACAAUUGUUCUUGAUUGACAAAAACUUCGGUAUUUUUGACAUUUUUUUAUCGUCGAUUACGCACAAUUUUGCGAGCCACAAGUGACGAGAGAACUACGAUGAAAAAUGAUAAACAAUCGACACCGAAGAUAUUGCAGAAAGUAAUAAUAAUUUCGAUAAAUUAUUUAGGUGAUACAUUUUGGAGAGUCGCGGUAAUCCUCUCCUUUUCUCAAGUGCCAAAUGAUAAUUUAUUUUAAUCCAUUUAUUUGAAUUUCAUUUUAUCUCGGGCAAUCAGUGAAAGUGGAGUCAUCCUAGGCCUAGGAAAAUAAAUUAUGAAUAAUUGUCCCCAUCGGCACUCGUUUCCCAUGGAAAUUAUAAAUCCGGUGAACGAACGUUGAUUGAAGGUGCUAAUUAACGAUUUAGGCCCGAUCGCCGACCGACCGUGUCUCUGAUUCUUAGUUCAUGAUGCCAAUGAAUCUCAAGUGACCCCAAAGAUAUGAAAAAAGUCAGACACAAGUGUUAAGGAAAACAAAUUCGAGAACAGAAGAGGAGACCGGUUUGGCGCGUUCGAGCGGCCAAAUUCUUAAGUGUAAUUUAACUUUAGAAUUGUUAAGAGAAUGUAGAAUUGAAUCCCACUCGUAUUGAUAUUGUUAUCACCCACCGUUGGAUAAACGAACAGAUGGACAGGUGGAGGGAAAGAAAGAAAAUGAAUUUUUAUUUCUAGUUAUUUUUAUUUUCAUUUUUUUCCUCCAUUUGAUUUCACUAUAAAAAUUCCUCAGUGCCUGAAUGCGUUGGUUAAUCAUCAUUAACAUCCAAAUUUCUAUAGCUAUUGAUAAGGAAAAUGGCCACCUUCGGAAAUAAUACUACAAUAACUCAGCGUCAAUUUUUUCCCGGUAAUUAAUGCAAUGAUACUUGACAGACUUGAAUUGGUUUUAUCCUCAAUUUCCAAGGGCAAUUUGAUUAUCUCCCUUUUUAUUUCAAUUUUACUGUAUAAAAAACUCAAUCAGCAGUGGUAGGCGAAAUCUAUAUGUACAGAAUCGAUAUCGAUGCAAGUGGCGAGUCGAAUAACAAAGUGAUACUGGAGAAUAUUGUACGCUUCUACACUCUGUGACGCUAACUGCGGCACCCCCACUAUUGAUGGACAUGUAGUACUUUCCGCUUAUCCGAUUUCAUACGUUUGUAUUUCCGGGGUGAUCAUUCAAUAUGGCACUUCGGUGUAUGAUCACAAAGCGUAAAAUUGCGUUUACAACGUGCCUCUGCACUUUUUCUGGCGUUUGCGUAUAUAUUUUCUAUUACUGGGGGAACUAUUUUCAUUCAAUAGUUUCAAGUUAUUGAACAUGAUCAAUAGUCCACUGAGAGAAAUAUAAUUUAGAUAGCACUGAGUGGAUAUAAUUUUUUUCCCAAAUUUACCUCACGUAAUUCAGUUAUUUUUUAGGAUGAAUUUUUCUUCUCGCCCAUCGUUAAAAAUUUCUCGAAUUACUGCAGCUACUUAAUCUCCGCGAAAUAGGCCCAGUUCCGUUUUCCACGGCAUCAUUCGCAUUCCAUAUUCAAAACCCCCGUCUAAACCGUUAAAUCCCAAAAUUACCUCUGCCGUUGAAUUUCAAAUUAAAUUAAAUGAAAUAUAUUCCACCCUUGAACGAAUGCAAAGAGUGUCUGGAGUAUUCGAAUAAAAUUCAGAGUGUACCUCCACUUUAACGAAAAAAUAUCUGACAACGACGUAAGCAUAUUCCAAUUAAUGCCAACGAAAUAAAAAAAAAAAUUCUAUGUUGAGUCAACCAUCGGGCCAUCACUCGGAAUAUUAUUGAGUACUGAUAGAGUAUUUGUUUAAGCAGGCGCUGGGGAAUAUACGGGCAUUUUUACCCACGGUGAUCGUCAAUGAUAAUCUCACCAUCUACCUAUACAACACCAAGUAAUAUAUACAUGAAUAGAAAUAAAUAUAUAUUUAAAUCGCAAUAUUAAAUUAUUAGCAGUAAAUAUGAAAUAUAUAUUUAAUGAAUGUUCCUAUAUUUAUACUAUAAGUACAUAACUAAGUGUAUAAUAUCGAUAUUCGACGGUGAUUUCAAAUUUUUACCAAAAGACAAAAAUUCACCAAAAAAAAUUAUGAAAAGAAAAAUUACAAAAAUAAACACUGAGUGUCUAGCUCUUAGUCCAUUUUGUGAAGUUGACUUUUCCAUUGGGGCAAAGGUUUUAGAAUGAAAAACUCGAAAAACACUCGAAUUGACACCGACUAAAUUGAAUUGAAUUGAUGAAAAAAAAUAAUGAAACACUCAAAAUUAGUAAAAAGGAAGAAACGAUUAAUAGGGAGUUUAAUGUAAGCAGGUCGCGAGUGGCGGAGGCAAGGGUCUUCCUAUAUUGACUGAACGAUCAGAUGUGAUAUACGUGUAAGAAAAAUAUGAAAAACAACAAAAAUUAUUAACUAUUAAUUUAUUUACCAUUAAUCGUAAUUUAUGUAAUUUAAAUAUUAUAGUAUGGUUACGAUAUACAAGAAAAAAAUAAAUAAAACAUUAUAUCUACGUAUUGUGUAUAGGUAGAUAGGACAUAUACAAUGUUUUUAACUGGUUUAUUCGAUGUUCCGAGGAUAUAGCCAAUUACGCUAAGUGUAUUUAAGUAGUUAAUGAUGGUGACAAAAAAUUCAUCUGAUGAAAUUGUCGAAUGAAAAAAAAAUAGAAAAAAGAAACGAUGGGAGAUCUCUCGUGAUUAAAAUGCUCGAUUCAAUAAGGGACCGUGCGAAUCAUUAUAUUUUUGAAUAAAAUAAAUGAACGAAAAUAAAUCGGCUAUAUUCUACACACACAAAUCGCGUACAAAUUAACGAUACAUUACCUCGAUAAAAAAAUGAAGAAAUAAACUAUAAUUAUAUUAAAUUAUUUAUCCCAAUUGCAUUAAUAAGCUUCCAUAGUUUAUUUGUUGUUUUUCAUUUAGGAAUAGAUUUAUUAAUUUAGUGAGUGAAAAAUAAAAAAUUCGCCAUGUCCCUAAGAAAAAUGAGAAGUUUUAAGGAAAAUUGUUGACAACAGCAAAGUAGUCCGAGAAAUAAAAAAAAAAAACGUUCCGUGCAAUAACAGUUUGCUCAAUCCUCGGUGUCCGUCGGUCCGCCCAUACACGGAACGAGCUACUUAGAUUACGAGCGUCUAGUACCUAUUGUAGUACUAUCACUAGUAGGUUUUAAACUAAUCCCGAUUUAAAAAAUUGUAGAAAAAAAAAUGAUAUAUUUAAUGAGAAUCUCGUGAAAAUUUUCUCCUUUUUCAAUUUUCCUCAAGUCUCGGUGUCCUUGGUGUCUAUUCUAACGAGUGUAGCUAAAACAAUUUCAGAAAAAAGAAAACGAAAAAAACAAUUGAGUAAUCUGUCUGUGUAGAAACUUGAAUGUAUUUUUCGCACAGUGUGAUUGUAAAGUAUAAGUUUUUUUUUAUUCUGGUAUUAUCUGCGGAUUGUUUGCCGAGCUGGUGAGCUCGGAGUUAUUAUAUUUGUAAUUAAUAUGAUUUAUUAUUGAUUAGUAACAAUGGGGAGCUCGCAUAUGCUUGAAUAUGCUCAUCGAAAUUUAAAAAAUAGUAUAAUAAUUGAUCAUCUGAGUUUCUGAUGUCGUUUUUAAAUUAAUUAACCAUCUUUCCAAUGAAUUAUUGACUGAUAUAAUAAUUCGAAAGUUGGGAACGCUCCCUAUUGUUCAGCGCAGACACUUAUGUUCAACGCGACCAAUUUUAUUACAAAUGAGAGGAAACCGAAAGUGCAAAUACAUGAAUUUAUUGAACGAAUGUAAUAAACGACGGGUUCGUUUAAAUUACUGAUAUUUUCCAGUCGAUUAGUUGAGUUUUAAAAAUGUGAAGAAGAAUAAUUACAUUCACACUGUGAUUUGAAUGAUUUUUUCGUGGCCAUAUAACUAUGAUCGUUUUUAUCGUACCUAUUUAGAUCUUAAUCGUAUUGAUAUGUGAACGCCAAACGACGAAGUCAUAGCAGUGCGGAUGUGGAGUAUUUUGUAAUUUUAAACCGACAAAAGAACGAUAGAGAAUGACAAAGAGAGAUAAAAAAUUACAGAAUGCUCAAUUUGCAACGCAAAAAUAUUUGACAUGGAUGUUAGAGAUAUUUUUCAACUUGUACUAAAUGUGAUAAUUGAUGAAUUGACAAUGAGCAAUCUAAUUGUAAUAUAAAUAUUAUAUAUAAAAUUAUAUUUAAUAGAUAUAUUGAAUAAAUAAGAUAUAUGAAUCGAUGUCUGUCCGUAAACGCCGUGACACUAGAUUUUGCAUAGUAUGUGUUAGCUGAUAAAUGUAAUAAUGUACGAUGAAUGACUAUUUGAAUCCGUGAAAACUGAGACAAAUGAGGUUGAAAUAAUUGACACGAGGGGAAAGAUAAUUAUCGUACCGUCUCAAAUCUGUCCACAAUUAUUGCCGAUGACGCGAGGUGAAACCGAUGUUUUUAUUCAUUAAUCUUUUAAUUACUUUAUUAAGGGCGAUUAGAUGAAAGUAAAAUAAUAAUUAACGAUUAAUCAAUUCAAUUGAUCACGAAUGUUAUUGAAAUCCGAUCCCGAUUGUCGUCACAAUCUUUCAACGACCAAGUUCAAUCCAAAGCUAUCUAUCCAUUGAUAAAACACCUCGCGCCAAUCGUCGCGUAACUAUUGAAACAAGAAAAAAAAAUUAUAUAUAAAUAUUAAUACCGCUACACUAUAUAUACACUGUAAUCGAUUGUUGUCUACGAUAUAAUGUUAUUUUUCUAAUUCAUAUUCAAUUGUUAUUGUUGAGGACGAGCACAUCGAAUUUUAGAUGAACAAGAAAACACAAAUGUAAAAGAAGGAGAGGAAUAAAAAUGCACAGUUACCCUCUGAAUUAUCAGAGGCUGUAAAUCGCGAAUAAUUUAAUUUCGCGGGUGAAUUCGUUACAACUAUCGAACUACCAAAAGAAACUAUGUGGAGAUUUUAGUCAAAUGUACGGAUUAAGCCCGUUCAAACGAAAUUUUUUUAUCCCCUUUCAUUGAAUAAUUACAAAUGUGAAAUAGUUGAAUUUUUAAAGAGUGCCAAACUCAAAUUAUUUACAAUUCUCGGGAGAUUGCUAAAGCCGUAAGAUGAAAAAGAGCAUAAUUACACGAAAAGAAAGAAUUAUCAAUUUUUAAAGAGUAAUGACUAAUGGUCCAAUAUUGCUCGAACGUUUGAACGGCUUAAUUAAAUUAAUCCAACAUCACUUAUUGAAUUUCAUCUACUGCAAUGUCGUAUGCUAUCGAUUAAGUAACGCUUGCACAGAGAAAGAGAGAAAAAUGAAAAUCCCAAAAAAAAUGAGUAAAUGAAUAAGAGCAACGCACUAUGAAACAACGACGCUAAAGAAAAUAAAGCUCAAAUCUGGUUAACUCUCGGUACAGGCCUAUUUUACUAUUAAUUACCCUUUGAUUUACACGUACUAAUAAUUAACACGUGGGUGGAGCCAUUGAUUAACGGAUUAAUUUUAUUUUAAAAAUGAGAGAAAAGGAAGAAGAAAAAUAAUUGAAUGCCAUAAAGUAUGUGGUAAUGAAUAUUGGAUAGGACACUGGCACCAGAUAAUGCUGUGAACACGUAUUGUAUUUUUUGUAAGGCCCAUUCUGCCAGAUUGUGAUAACCGAGUUCUCAGCAUUCGUCGCUAGCCAUUGCCAGUGUAUUGUCCACUAUUGACAAGAUGAUAAAAACUGUGAAUAAUAGUAACACGAAUGAUAUGAAUGAAUAAAUCGACAAUUUGACCUUUUGGGGAAUGAAAAAACAGCUGUAAAUGGGUUGAUCUCAGUUGUCGAUUGAAAAAUGGAUAAUUGAGAGGAUUAGGGUGAAAUUGUCAAUUUGUGGGAGAUAAAUUAAUUGGCCGUUGGCAAUCCUCUGCGCAAUGCCAAAGAUAGAUAACAAAAAGCAAUGAUGAUUGCGCAGUGCCAUGAUUCUCCAUGAUUAAAUUAUUUCUCAUAGAGUCUCGUGGAGGGAGAAAUGAUUGUUGUUAUUAAUUAAAAUGAAAUUAUUAUUUAACAAAAAAAAAAUUACACGUUUAACUUAAUAUCAGUGUCGUGCAAUGAGCGACUGAAGCUCCUUCGGUGUUGUGGGUAAAAAAAAAUACAUUACUCGUUCCUAGCAACUUGUAUGAAUGGUUUAAACUACUCAUACUAACUCAUAACAUUGCAUUGAUCCACUUUAUCUCUACUUAUUCGAACAAGAAACGAAAUAAAUAAAUACAUUCUGUCCAAUCUUA